AUUAACCCUUUUUUUUUUUUCAACUUUUGUUGUACAGAUGCAAGUUGGAUCCUGGAACCCAAAUAUCAUGCUUGGUAACUCAGGCAAGAUAGCUGCUUUAUCACCAUUGAAGCCACUGUCAAAUCUGGCCAGAGACCAAGAAGGGAAGCUAGGCAUGGGGGGAAUUUCUAGAGGACUAAUUUCCAGUUUUGUCUGAGAGUUCAUGGAAUUCAGUGGAUCACCAUCCAAAAUCUUGGUCUGACUUGUAUAUGCUAACAGUAGCAAAUAACAUGAAUGGAAACAGGACCAACACCAAUUUGAUCCAGCAUGAAAGCAGUCUGUUCUCUAGCUCAUUGUCAGAAAUAUUUAGUAGAAAGCAUAAGAUAUCCUCUUUAUGCAUUCUGAGCUUGUAUGUUCUUGACAUGUUUGAUCUGCUUCUCUCACAUUUCCUAAAAGAAGAUACUUUAUUGGACUUAAUGCUUGAUGUGCAAUUAUUGAGGAAUGAUGCUCCAACCCUUCUACCUAGCUUUAAGGCUGGUUCAGACCAUGAGGAAGAACCUUUAGAAUCCCUUGAAGAAAUUGAGGUGCAGGCCAUUGGAAAUCUCCUUCCUGACGGAGAUGAUCUUUUUUCUGGAGUUAUGGGACUUGAUACUCCUGCCAAUAGGGCUGAUGAAUUAGAGGAUUUUGACCUAUUUAGCAGUGGAGCAUCUAAUGGUUCAAUUGUUGGUGGACACCCUUCUAGAACACUUUUCAUGAGAAACAUAAACAGUAAUGUUGAAGAUUCUGAACUCAAGGCUCUUUUUGAGCAAUAUGGAGAUAUCCAUACUCUCUAUACAGCCUGCCAGCAUCGUGGUUUUGCCACGAUUUCUUAUUAUGAUAGAAGGGCAGCCCAAAAUGCAAAGAGAGCUCUCCAAAAUAAGCCAUUGAGGCAUAGGAAACUAGAUAUACAUCAUUCUAUUCCAAAGGGUAAUACAUCUGAAAAAUAUGUCAAUCAGGGAAUGCUGGUGGUUUUCAAUCUUGAUGCCUCUGUUUCAACCAAUGGGCUUCAACAAAUUUUUGGUGUUUUUGGAGAAAUUAAAGUAAGUAUGUGGUCCAAUGGGUUCCUUAGGUGUGACAUUGCUGGGAAGCAGAUCGAAAUUGAACCAAGUCCUCCAGGGGGUGGAGAUGAGAGCUAUACACUGUUUUCUUGUUCUGGGCCUGGAUGUGGAAAGUUCUUUGAUGACUUGACGGCAAGAUGCGUGGCUGGGGUAAGUGCAUCUGGCUACAUGGAUAAUGGAUCCAGCCCGAUUUUACAGGAUGUUAUACGGUCACCUGUGAAUACAUUUAUUGGACCUAGUCAAAGUUCUAGUGUUCUGAUCAACUUGCCCUCUCCUGCAAGAGUGGCAUCCGUUAACAACCAAUUUAACCUUCGGGAGCCAAACCACACUCUAGAUGGAAUUAAGUUCCAGAACCAGUGCAUUACAAGUUUCCAUCCCCAAUCUUUUCCCGAGUAUCAUAAUAAUUUAGCCAAAAGCCUUCCAUCUAACUCCUCAAGCACCAUUCCGGACAUGGUUAGCAGUUUUGUUUCCCAAAUGACUUAUGGACUUGAUAAUAGGAGCAUUCAUGGAGUGAGCACAAAUGGGCACUUGAUAGAACCUAAUGAAGGGGCUGUUUGCUUCAUGGAAAUCAUUAUGCGUGGAACAACUCCAACUCACAUCAGCAGCACCCUUCAAGGUACCGCCUGUUAUGCUGAAUGCAGCAUCACCAUACCCCACCACAUUGGGUCGGCACCAUCAGUUAAUUCACCAUUACGGACAGGCGACAGGCGACAUGCCUAUGCUGGGAAAUCUCCUGACACCUCCAGUUUUCACUUAGGAUCUCUAGGGAAUGUUGGAUUUCCUGGUAGUUCUCCAUCACACACUGUGGAAAUUGCUUCUCACAACAUUUUCUCACAUGCUGGUGGAAACAAUGGUGUGGUAUACUCUCCUCAGCAAAUGUGUCACCUUUUCCCUGGAAGAAACCCUGUGAUAUCCAUGCCAGGUUCUUUUGAGUCUCCCAAUGAACGUGUGAGAAAUUUCUUGCACCAUAGAAAUGAAUUGAAUUUUAAUAAUGCUGAUAAGAAACAAUAUGAGCUUGACAUUGACUGCAUCAUAGACGGGGAAGACAGCAGAACAACGCUGAUGAUAAAGAACAUUCCAAACAAGUAUACCUCAAAGAUGCUUCUGGCUGCAAUAAAUGAGCACUGUCAAGGGAGCUAUGAUUUCAUUUAUUUGCCAAUUGACUUCAAGAAUAAAUGCAACGUGGGCUAUGCAUUCAUCAACAUGAUUGAUCCACAACAGAUUAUUCCAUUCCAUAAGGCAUUCAAUGGCAAAAAAUGGGAAAAGUUCAACAGUGAAAAAGCGGCACUGCUUGCAUAUGCUAGGAUUCAAGAAAAAGCUGCUCUUAUUGCCCAUUUCCAGAACUCAAGCUUGAUGAAUGAAGAUAAACAAUGCCGUCCUAUUUUUUUUUCAUACUGAUUGUUCGAACGCUGGUGAUCAGGAGCCGUUUCCCAUGGGUACUAAAAUUCGAUCAAAACCUGGAAAGCCUCGAACAACCAGCCCAGAGAACAAUAGCCAAGUUAGCUCCUCAACUUCAGCAAAGGGGGAGGAACCUUCCAAUGGGGUAGAACCUUGGUCAGGUUAUCCUAAGUAUUCUAACUGAGCUACCUGCUGUACCAAGCAGUAAUUGUGGAAGAGUAGUUUUGAUAAUCCAAAUGCAUGUUGUAACUAUAAUUUCUUGACCAUUUCAUUUGUUUCUAGGAAACUUUUUGUAUGAAUUGCCGAUAUGAGCAUAGAGAACAGCUUAAAAAUGUUCCCGAGUCUAUGCAUGACUCCAAGGGUCUCUCCUGUUCUCAGUUUUGUAUACUGAUGUCUCCGAAUUUAAUUUCCUUCCUUU